AUGACGGACAGGAGGAGGAUCAAUGGGCCUUCGGGCGGGACCUCAGCACCAGUCUAUUCGAAGUACCUAACCAAAGACGCCUCGACGCAAAUAGAGAGACCAAUGAGAUCAAGAGCCCCAAAUGUCCUCAGGAAAAUGUUUCUGAAGACAGGCGUCACACCUUCAGCUUCAGGAUCAGCAUACCUCGAACUCGAAGCCUCAAAAUCCACAAACACCAACACACCUGGGCUUGCGUCCCUCUCCACAUCCGGCUUGAAGCUCACAUGUACCGUCCACGGCCCACGACCAUUACCAAAAUCGGCGCCAUUCUCCCCUCAUAUCAUUCUUUCAACACACGUCAAAUAUGCCCCCUUUGCGACACGGAAACGAAGAGGAUACCUGCGGGAUUCGAGUGAAAGAGAUCUAGGGGUGCACUUGGAAACAGCAUUACGAGGCGUGAUUAUUGGCGACCGCUGGCCAAAAAGCGGAGUAGAAGUCAUAAUCACCAUUCUAGAAGGAGAAGAAGACCAAUGGUGGGGCGACGAUCGAGGACGGGGCCAAGUCACGGCUGGAGAAUGGGGAAUGAUGAGUGUUCUCAGCGGCUGCAUAACCGUUGCUUCUGCUGCGAUUGCCGAUGCUGGCAUUGACUGCGUGGAUGUUGUUUCUGGGGGCGUUGCUGCUGUGGUUAGAGGGCAGGGAAAGCAGAGUACUGCGUUGGUAUUGGAUCCUGUUCCUCCUGAGCAUCAGGAGAUUUUGGCGGCUGCUAUUGUGGCGUAUCUUCCUGCGAGGGAUGAGAUUACGGACUUGUGGGUCAAAGGAGAUAUUGGCAAUCAGGCUGUGCAGAGUUCUUCGUAUGAGGAGCUGGCAGAUAAUGCGGUGCAGGCUGCUUUGGGGUCACAUCGGGUACUUGUGGCUGCAUUAAAGGAGACUGCGGAUAUGAAGUUAGGUCGAUCAUGA